AUGUCCAAGUCCUCCCAUUCCAGAAAGAACUCCGACCCUGAACCGUUGCAUGCCUCCACCGCUGGCCACAAUGGGAAAGCUGCUUUGUUUUAUAUCGCUGGUUGGUAUACCUUUUCCCUCUCCAUCAACAUUUACAACAAGUGGAUGUUUGGUCCUGGUCUUGGGUUUAGAUUCCCCCUUUUUAUCACUUCGUUCCAUCAGUUGUGUCUUGCCGUGCUCAGUACCUUGACUUUGUACUUUGUCCCCGAGAUGCGUCCUAGAAUUGGUGCAAACCAUGCAUUACCUCAACAUUCCCAUGUCGACGAUGCUACCAUAAGAAAAGCCCUGUUUUACCAAAGUGUUCAUAUCGACUUUAGAGUUUACGUUCGUCAAAUGGUCCCAUGUGCUCUUACAUCUGCCGGUGAUAUCGGUCUUUCCAACGUUGCUGUUUCUCUUCUUUCCUUGAGUUUAUACACCAUCUUGAAAUCCUCGUCUUUGAUGUUUGUGCUUUUAUUUGGCCUUUUAUUCAGAUUGGAAAAGUUCAACUGGAGAUUGAUUGUCAUUGUCUUGGUUAUGACUGUCUCAGUCACCUUGAUGACCGCUAAGCCUGACAACAUUGACACUUCCACCAAGGGAGGUGUUUACUCCACCUUGGGUAUCACAUUGGCCAUUUCCGCUGCUAUGUUAUCCGGUCUUCGUUGGUCAUUCACCCAAAUCUUGUUAAAGAAGAACCCAUACACUCCAAACUCCAUUGCCACUAUCUUCUACGUCUCUCCAUGUAUGUUUCUUGCCUUGUUCUUGUUGGGAUGUUACGUUGAAGGUUGGGGUAACUUCACCUCGGCUCCAAUUUGGGAAAUCAAGGGUGUUUUCACCACUAUUGGGUUAUUGAUUAUUCCUGGUGUUUUUGCAUUCUUGAUGAUGUCUUGUGAAUUCAUGUUGUUGAAGGUUGCCCAUUUGAUCACUCUUUCUGUGGCUGGUAGUUUCAAGGAAUUGUUAACCAUUGCCGUCAGUGCUGCUGUUUUCGGUGACAGGUUAUCCUCUCUUAACUGCGUUGGUUUAGUGUUGACUUUCUGUGAUGUUAUGUGGUACAACUACUACCGUUACAUUGCCAAAACCAAGCCUCAAGGAUACACUGCACUUAAGGAAGAAAGAGUCGAAAUGCAAAAGAUGUAA